UUCAAGUCUGGAGAAAACAAAUUGAACAAGCAGUUCAAACUCACAGGGUCUAAAACAAAGGACAGAGUCAUUAUUAGAGGACGUACCAAAGCUGCUGUCUAAACCACAAGGAAGUUUUCCCAUUGAGAGGCAAAUAGAAACGGACAGAAGGGGCUUGAUAAUGAUCAAGUGGGCUUUAAGGCCUGGCCAGUUAUACUGAAUUGAAUUCUUGGGGCAGUACCCACACAGAUUUUGCCCCCUCGUUUUAGUCCAGCUUGGACAAGAUAGGGCUUUCCACAGCAAGUUCAGACUACUGCUGAGAAGAGCCGGGGGACACAGAGUCCUCAGGGCCAUCACACACCUCUGGGGAGAUGGAUUUCUAGAACCAGGUGGGUCUGCAAGGCUCCCACCAGCACUGGGGAGGAGCGAUGAGAAUGAGAGCUGGUGGUGUCUCUCGUCCUUACGGGUGCUGCUUUUCAGAAUGUAUAGGAACAGUUUUUCCUCAAAAGGGUUACUUUAAGGGGCUUGGAAAACCUCAUGGAAAAGGAAUUAAAGGACAGCAUGUUUGCUGCCAAAGUUCACAGUAAAACUUUGUUAAGUAAAAACUAUCACAGGUUCAAAACUGUUUUGUACCUAAAUAAGCUUUGAAUUGUAUAUUUUUCGUGAAAUUUUGGAAGUACCCUGUGUUUCAUCUUUAUUUAUCUGCCUUAGAAAAGUCAAAUGUCUGGGGUCAUUGCUGUGGCAUAAUGGGUAAAGCUGCAGCCUGCUGUGCUGCAUCCCACAGAGACACUGGUUUGGUGCCUGGCUGCUCCACUUGUGCUCCAGCUCUCUGCUAUUGCCUGGGAAAGCAGUAGAAGAUGGCAGGGGAGACAGGAAUAAGCUCCUGGCUCCAGGCUUCUGAUCAGUCCAGCUCUUGCUAUUGCAGCCAACUGGGGAGUGGACCAGCAGAUGGAAGACCUCUCUCUCUCUCUCUCUCUCUCUCUCUCUCUCUCUCUGCCUCUGCUUCUCUGUAACUCUACCUUUCAACUCAAUAAAAACAAACAAAAAGUAUCUCAAAUCUUUUAAGUGAGAUGGGCUUUUACCUUAGCUCCAUGCAAACCAGUCCCCAAAUUCUCAUACUCUAUUGUUUUUUCACCUUAUUUAAUAAACGUGUAGUGAGAAUUCCUGGGGUGCUGGUUCUUUCUUCCUAGCCUUGAGGAAGGGACCAGCACGGCAGGAAAUCACACUGUGCAAUUUCCCUGGGCAACCGGAGGAGGGGUCAUCUCCCCAGGGAGGUUUCCUCUCCCAAGACAGCUUGGACAGUCGGUGCCGAGGGACCACCACUUAUUCCUGGGUCCCACGACUGUGCUGGGCCCUAGGGGCUCCUCAAGAACUGCAGGAGAAACCAAUCCACUUGCUGUGUGGGGGUGGGGAUUACCGGGCUCAUUUCCUACCUGAGAUGAGGUUGUAGCUUCCUAGAUAGAAACACUGGCCCUGGGGUUCAGCAUGAUGAUGUCCCAAGGAGCUAGAUCCGAUGCUGUGAUGUACCCAUCGACUCCUCGUUUCUAGGCUGUGCACGUCCUGAGGAAUUGAAGCAGGGAGUCUCUGUUUUUUUCCUAAGUUGUAUUUUAUUUGAGUGAGAGUGAAGAGGGGAAAGAGAUUGCUAGUCAGAGAUGGAGAGAGACAAAGAGAGAGAGAGAGAGAGAGAGAGAGAAAGAGAGACAAAGAGAGAGAGAAAGAGAGAGAGAGGGAGGAAGCAGAGAGGGAGGGAGCUCCUCCAUCCUCUGAUAUACCCCCAUAGAUGACCACCAGGCCUUGGCCAGGCUGAAGCCAGGAGGCAAGAGUUUGGUCAUUGUUGUUACAGGAGCCCACAAUCCCCAAGUGUCUGGGAGUGCCUCGAUUCCUCCCUCCUAGGCGGAGGACCGUCUCGGGGGAUGUAGCUUUCUCGGCUGCCACUGAUGAGGCCUUCCAUGUUUGGACCGCAUGGACCGCACUACCUUCUGGGCUUCCAGGGUUUCUGCCGAGAAAUCUGAUGAUGACUUAGGGGGAAAGGGUGACAAAGCCACCUUCCUCUCAGCUCUGGAGAUGGGAACUGUGUACCUGACAGUGUCUUGGGCAACAGAACACUUGUCCAGUUUACCCAAACCAGAGAGAUUGUUCCAUCAUUCUGAGACACAUCACUCAGGGGGUAAAGGAAGAGGAGGGAACAUACUACGUGGAGACACUAGGAGGUCUUCGAAAGAUACAACUUAUCAUUAUAUUUAAACCAGAAAUGAGAAGGCCUCUGAAGCAAUCUACAGGUUGGAGUUUCUCAAAAAUUAAGUAUCAAUCUCUAUCACCAACCUAGGCCACAAUCUCUCCUGUAUCCGGGUAUCGUUUUUAUUUAAUUGGCAGAUUCUCGAGAAAACCACUGUGGAUGAACUACAGCUCCCAUUGGUCAAUUUCUUGCUCUGACUUCACAAGGCACCACUGUUAUGAAAGACGUAUUAUGACACAGUCCCUGGCUGGGCUGUGAUUGGUCCAUUUCUUGCUCUGAUCUCACAAGGUGCUGCUAUGUGAGGUGAGCCCCCAGAAAGUAUAUAUAGCGGCGGCGGGGGCCUAGAUUUUCGUCCGCCUUACCCAGAGAGCACUCUUUUGUGAUCUGUGUAACUAGGACCCCUCUAACUAGCGUUUGCGCUCGUUGGUGUUGCUUGUGCUUUUUCUUGGUUGUUUGUUUCUGGGUCUAUUUGGUUGUUGCUUUUUCCCAUUUUGUUUAGUUUGUUGUUUUCCUCCUCGUUGUUGUUUUGCCCAUUGGGUCUUUUUUUGCAGUUUUUGUUUAUUUUUGCUUCCCCCACUCUAGUCAGCUAGCACGAUCAGAAGCAUCAGCGUUAGAGUAUUUAGCGGCUUUUCCUCUUUGUUGUGUUCUGUUUUAUUGAGAUAGUCUUGUGGCUUCGCCUUUAGAGUAGUGAGUGUAGCUGCUGCUGUGUCUUAGUCAGCUGGGUAGUCAGUCCCCCGUGGUCCCUUUGUGUUGUAGGCAGUGCAGUGAGGGUCGGUGAUUAGCUAGUGUGCGUCGCGUGAUUUAGGGAGUCGAGAGAGAGUAGUUAGGUGGCCGGCAGCAUGGCCUUCCAUCCUCCCCUGGACGGGUUCCGCUUCGUGGAGGUGAUCGGCCAGGGCGGCUGCGGCCUGGUGAAGCUGGCCCGGCACCUGGCGUCGGGCAAGUACGUGGCGGUGAAGAUCCUCCUGCGAGACUGCUCUCCCAGCAGCACGCUGUCCGCGCAGGGGGAAGCGGCCAUCCUGAGGAGCCUGCGGCACGACAACAUCGUGCGGCUGCUGGAGGAGCGGCACACCAGGACGCACCUGUUCCUGGUCAUGGAGCUGGCGACCAGGGGCUCGCUCCAGCGCUACGUGCUGGAGCAGGGCGGCCUGGCCGAGCCCGAGGCCAGGGCCCUCUUCCGCCAGGUGCUGGCCGCCGUGAGCUACUGCCAUGCCCAGCGCGUGGCGCACCGGGACCUCAAGCUGGGCAACCUGCUGCUGGACGAGCACCUGAACAUCAAGCUGGCAGACUUCGGCCUGAGCCUGCGGCUGGAGCAGGGCACGCUGGUAAGGGGCUUCUGGGGCACCCCCGAGUACUGUGCACCAGAGGUUUUUCUCGGGGAGGCCUACGACGCAUUUAAGGCAGACGUCUGGAGCCUGGGGGUGGUGCUGUUUGCCAUGCUGGCGGGCACGCUGCCCUUCCGCGGCAAGGACACGGAGGAGCUGCAGGACACGGUGCUGUGUGCCUGCUAUGUGCUGCCGUGUACCGUCAGCCCGGCCCUGCAGGAGCUGCUGGCCUGGCUGCUCACCGUCGACGCCUCGGGGAGGCCGAGUGCGGAGGAAGCCAGGACCCACUGGUGGUUCGGCCCCGGCCGAGAAGCCGCCCAGGAGGUCGAGGAGGACGCGGUCACCCUGCUGCAGCCCCUGGGCGUUCCCCGGGACCCAGAGGCCAAGGAGUACCUGGCGGGCCUCGGACUGCUGCCAGGCAAGGGGACCGAGGGGCAGCCAGGAUCUCAGGCCCACAGCCCCGUGUCCCUGCCUGAGUCCUCACGUUGUGGCGAGCGCCACCCCAUGGAGGGCGACGGCGUGUCUCUGGUGUCGGUGUCCUGUGACAGCAUGGCCGUGGACUACGUUUCCUCCGCACAAAGCAGCUACUCCGAGGCCUCCAGCCAGCCACAGCAGGAGCGGAACCCUGCUCCCAGCGCAGCCCCCGAGCCAGUCUCCAAGGCAUUGCCCUCCAGCCCCAGUGCCAGGAGCCCUGUGGACCUUGCUGAGACAGAAGACGCUGCAGCAGCCUGUGAACCUGAAGAGGCUGGGACCGCAGCCACUGCUGACACCACAGGCACCACAGCCAGUGCCCAGGGCAAGAGGCAGGGCCGGCGCGGGGUCGGCAGGAGGAUCCUCGGGUUCCUGCGGAGGGCGUGCUGCGUCCUGCGGUCCCGAAGGAGCGGCCCUGGCCUCCGCUGCUGCAGAGUGGUCCCCCAGUAGCCUCACUCAGCCCCCGUCACCAGGAGCAAUCCGCAGGCUGAGCUGACUGAACGUUUUUCUUGAGCAUUUGAAAAUGCUUCUCAUGAAUAAAAUUCACCAUGUGUGCA